AGGCAGAGGCUUAACCCACUGAGCCACCCAGGUGCCCCCAAGGGGUUUCAAACCAACAGAGACUGUAAGUUCCAAGCUUCUCAUCCUGGGUUUGUCCUUCCGCUGACCAGUCUCCACCCUGAAGCUAUCCAGGAGACUCCUUUUCCAGAUUUGCCUCAUUAGAAUGAAAGACACUUGGAUCAUCCAGAAAACUCCAAGGGAUUUAGGAGCUGUGCUCAGAAACCAAUAUAUAUAUCUUCUAUUAUUUUGCAGAGAGUAUUUCUCUGCUAGUCCAACAAGAAGAGAAGCUGAUCCCGCUGGGGUAUGUGAUCUGCAAGGGAAUUCAGGCUGUGCAAGGGCGAUAACCUAGCUUCCACAUGGCUCUUGAGCAAGAAAACAAGGACUUCCUUUCUCAGGUUCAGCUACUGAUUCUUCUUGGAAUCUGGACAAAAACGGCAACCUUUCUGGGAUCAGGCCCCUGUGGAGCCCUUCCUCCUCCCUACUCCCAUUUCCUCAGACCCUUCUCCAGUCUUUCUGAGAUUCCUCUUUCCUCUCUCGUCGCCUCCUCAGGCCCCGUCGUUUCCAUCAGGUAUCACAUAUAGAGGCUUCAAGGGAAUGAAGGGAUGCCAGGCACCGGGGGAGGCCUGGGCCAAGCCAGAGAACACAAUGCCUGCCCCCGGCCAGCUGCUGCAGCACAGUGCUAGAAGGACACUGCUGCCAGAUCUUCCUACUUAUCUGGAGAUCCUUGACCUGCUUUGUGUGAAACUCCCUGUUUUUUAAAUGCUAGCAACUAAUUCUAAUUGUUUGGGCUAGAUAGAGAGACUAACUCAAUCAAAAACCUGGUUUCCCCGUCCUUGAAGAAAUUUCAUUCAAAUCUUGAGAGGACAUGAGGGAAAUAGUUAUACUCUAGUCUUCUGGGGAAGCCAAAUACCGAAAGUGGGACAAACCCUGUAAACUUUCCUAUUAAAUCAGUUUGAUUGUUUAGAAACUGCCCCAAUCACCACCAUCUCCACCAUCGUCAUCAGAAUUCCACCUUUACAUGGUUCUGACCGUCAGAACAUGCUUUUCUCCAGUAAAUUAAAAACCAGGACUUCUAGUGGAAAACUGGCAGUUUUAAUUCAAUAGAAAAAAUACCAGCACUAGAAAAGCCUGCAACUUCAUAGACACUUUGCUGAACACUCCUCUCCACUUUCCCCUGAAAGCUGUCUUUCUUCCAGGCUUGUCAGGAACAAGGCCUCCACUGCCCAGCUCCCCACCUCACCCCCAGCACUCAUGCCCUUCGCUGGGCUUCCCAAAGCAUGAAAGUACCUUUGCUAAGCUCACUGCUCCCAAAUGAUUUUCUGUCUGUGCCUCUAAGACCAUCUCCUCCUUGCCAGAAUCCCCUCUGGGGAUCAGCAGAUGGAGGCUUCUCUGUGCGACCCCUUGUCUGCGAUAUACGAAGAGGUGCCAUGACCAUACCAGGGGACUUAAGUGGUCUUGCUGCAAAGCACAUGCCACAAAGGCUCCACCAACACACACAGACACUCCACCAACACUUUCCAAUCGAGAGACAGACCUCCCUUAUCCUUCUGGGAAUUUUCUCAUAUCACGCCCCCCCAAACACUUCAGGGCAGCCCUCUGAGGCCCCGUGUACCAUAUGCUAUUUCCUUAUGUGCUUCUUUCUCUUUAACAAAUGUUUCUUUCUGGACUCAGCCCAGUCCUGUUAAGCAUUCCUGCCCAAGCAGGGUUCGCUCCUCCCCAAGCGCUAGGCGGGGCUUGGGACCAGUGAAAGGCUCCAAACAUCUGUGGACUUGUGUCAACCCAGCCCAGCCUUGCCUAAUCAUCUGCGGAGGCAGCUUGCUGCUGGAAGCCUGGUGACCGAAAAGGUGAGAGGCUUGUACCAGAGGUGGCAGCGAUACCCGCAGCACCCAGGUACAUCCAAAAAGCACUCACUCACUUUGCUGCUUUCUCAAGAGUCUGCCAGUGGUCCCACCAGCCCCAGCCUCAGAACUCAGCCAUGAUCAGGAGAAGCUUCCUGGGGGCAGUAAGACUUGGCCAGCACAGGGUCCUUCCUGGCGUCCCCCAGGUCUUACCCAGACUCAGCCCCACCUCAGCAUUCGGAUCCUCUGCGGACUCCCUGGUCUCAAGGUUCUGUCCAGAGAAGACGGAUUUGAAGGAUUACGCCCUUCCCAAUGCCAGCUGGUGUCCAGACAUGCUGAACCUAUACCAGGAAUUUCUGGAGAAGACCAAGACCGAUGGCUGGGUCAAACUCCCCUCCUUCAAGUCCAACAGAGACCACAUCCAGGGGCUGAAACUCCCAUUUGGGUUAGCAGUUGCCUCAGACAAAAGCGACUGGCGCAUCUUCACCAGAUGUAUCCAAGAGGAAGGACAAGGCUACGAGUAUGUCAUUUUUUUCCACCCAUCCAAGAAGAAGUCCAUCUGUCUUUUCCAACCUGGCCCCUACCUGGAGGGGCCCCCAGGGUUUGCACAUGGAGGGUCCUUGGCUGCCCUGAUGGACGAGACCUUCUCUAAAACGGCUUACCUGGCUGGAGAGGGGCUGUUCACAGUAAGCCUCAACAUCAGGUUCAAAAACUUGAUCCCUGUGGGCUCUGUGGCUAUCCUGAAUGUUGACGUGGAAAAGAUCGAGGACCAGAAGCUUUACAUGUCUUGCAUCGCCCAGAGUAGGGACCAGCAGACAGUCUAUGCCAAGUCUUCAGGUGUUUUCCUUCAGCUGCAACUGGAAGAGGAAUCAUCCCAGUAAUAGUCACUAAGCAUUCCUUCUGACUGCCUUGCCUGCUAGGGACCCACUACACAGCAGGGAGGGGUCCCCAGGAAGUGACUGGUGAGGUAAAGGAGAGGGCGCACUCCUCUGAAUAAAUAGAUUUAUGGCCUCA